GCCGGCGCGGAGGAUGCACGCGGGGCUCCUGGGGCUCUCGGCCCCGCUGCAGGCGGCCGAGCAAAGCGCGCGCCUCUACGCAGUGGUUUACUACUUCACCACGGGACGGCGCCUGUGGGGGUGGCUGGCACUCUCUGUCUUCCUGCCCGGCUUCUUGGUGCAGGGCCUGAGCUACCUGUGGUUCCGAGCAGACGGGCAUCGAGGGCGCUGCUCGCUGCUGACGCUGCACCUCCUGCAGCUUGGCGUCUGGAAGCGCCACUGGGACGCCGCUCGGACCGCGCUGCGGAAGGGGCGGGAGGCGCCGCGCCCGGGCCCGCUGCGGCUGCAGGAGGCCGACCUGUCCGCCCUGCGCCUGCUGGAGGCCCUGCUGCAGGCCGGGCCCCACCUGCUGCUGCAGACCUACGCCUUUCUGGCCUCAGACCUCACGGACGUCGUGCCUGGGGUAAGCGCCCUGUUUUCCUGGUCCGCUCUGUCCUGGGCCCUGGUGUCCUACGGUCGUUUCAUGGACUGCGUGAAGCCGGGGGCCCUGGCCACGCCGUGGGCUGCCCUCUUGUGCCAGCAGCUCUGGAGGAUGGGCAUGCUGGGGACCCGUGUGCUGAGCCUGGUGCUGUUCUACAAGGCCUACCACGUCUGGGUGCUGGUUGUUGGAGGUGUCCACUGGCUGGUGAUGACCUUCUGGCUCGUGGCCCAGCAGAGUGACAUUGUCGACAGCACCUGCCACUGGAGGCUGUUCAACCUGCUCGUGGGGGCCGUGUACAUCCUCUGCUACCUCAACCUGUGGGACAGCCCUUCCAGAAACAGGAUGGUCACGUUCUACCUGGUGAUGCUGCUGGAGAAUGUCAUCCUUCUGCUGCUGGCCACGGACUUCCUCCAGGGGGCAUCGUGGACCAGCCUGUGCACCAUAGCGGGGGUCCUGUCUGGCUUUCUCGUUGGCAGCGUGUCGCUGGUCGUCCAUUACAGCCUCCUACAUCCAAAAUCCACGGCCAUCCGGCAGGGCCUGGUGCGGACAUCCUGGGGCCCUGCAGUGGAUGAUACGGCAGAGAGAGAAUCUUCUCCCCGGGCCGCGGCUCUGGCAGCCGGAAGAGCCCAGAGCUCGGUCUCAUGCCAAGGGGAAGGUUAUGGGCCAACAGCCCUGGCGAAGCCCCCCAGCCCACAGCUGGGCCCUCCCGAGGCCGGGCCGGGGAGCCGCGAUGCCGAGGAGGCCUCUCUCCUCAGUCACCACCACUGGCUGUUGGUGAAACUUGCCCUAAAAACAGGAAACGUGUCCAAGAUCAACGCAGCCUUUGGAGACGACAGUCCUGGCUGCCCUUGGGGGCUCGGUCAACACCACAGUGUGCAGAGGAAGCCCCUCUCUUCCCAGCAAGAGCCCCCAUCCUCACCCCCUGACCCCCCAACCUUGGGGAAAGGCUCUGAGGUUGAAGGUGUCCCUAAAGCAGACCCUGGCCUUUUGGAAACCUCAAGUUACGUCUCUUUUGCCAGCGAUCUUCAGGACAAAGGGACUCCCCCGGAGGAGGGGGCCAUUCCUGCCGCACAGGGGCCGGGACCCAGUGGGCAGCCCAGGGCGGGGGAAGGGCAGGAGAGCUCCACGUUGUACUUCAGUGCCACCGCGGAAGUGGCCACGUCCCCACACCAAGAAGGCAGGCCAGCUACUCCGCAGAGGGCCCACUCUGGGAGGAGACUGGGCAAGGGCAGCCCUGCCCCACCUGUGUGGCCUCGGCCUGUCACUAAGCCCUUUCCUGUCACCAUGGCCAACAUCAGCCCCAUCCUCGGCCCGGGCCCAUGCAGAGGCUCCUGUCCCAGUGCAGACUCCACUGGGCGAGCCCUGGGUAGCUCAGAGCACGGGGAGAGUCAGGAGCCCACAGGGGACUUGAAUUGUCAUGCCACCGUGGGCCCGCGGAUGUCACUGCCAAAGAGGAGACCUGCCGAUGAGCCCUGCCUCACGUCCACCCCUAAGUCUGAGUCCCUCCAGAGGGACUGCAGCGGCACAGAAAAGACGAAACAAGACUCCAGUUUCUUCAUCUGACUACGGUCAUGUGGGAUAAGACCACAGGCCGGCAAAUCAUGCCGGUCACUGGGUCUAGUGACGAGAGAAAUCCCACCUGUGACACCUCUGCCCUCGGGCGCAUCCCCUUCCCCUCUCAGUCUCCACCUGCACACCUGACAAAUAAGGGAACAGGACUGUAUGAUUUCCAAGGUCCCUGUGAACAUCACAUGGCGCACACACGCGCAGAGGAGAGACUAACACAGAGGGGAGGGGGAGAAAAGACUUCUGUCAAAGUCACCUGCUUUUAUGAACAAUAAUGAUCCCUAUUGCAUCUUUUUGCUGCGGCUUCUAGGAAACUCAAAGGUAAAACCCAGACUCCAUUUUAUUCUGGGUUCUUGUUACAACUAGCUUUUCCUGACAUUAAGUGGAUAUUAAUCUCUUUUUUUAAAAAAAAGGCGUUCUAACUGCGUCAUUUUAUGAAAUCUCAUCAUAAGAUAAUGUGAACUCUUUCUAGAGCACCAUGUGCUUGCAAUCCUCAACAGAACUGCAAAUGCAGGUGCCAUUUUGAGAGCCCCGAUCUCCCAGGCAGAGCUGACGUGAGGCUUUCCUGUCCCAUGCACAGCACUCCCUGCAGGCCGCCAGCCAGCACUCUCCACCAGCUCCCCACACCACCAUACACCCCACUUUCUUCGUGUCCAAAGUUCACGCCCUCCUGCAUUCCAUGUAAGACACUGUCCAUGAUUUAAGCUCAUCCAGUCAGCUGAUGUCCCAUCUGACCGACUGACAUCAGCACGUCAGGGCUGGCCUCCUCUGUCCCUAGACAGUGAGCCCCCAGGAGGGAAAGCUGACACGGGAGUCAGGUCUCAGCAAGCAGUGCCCAGAUUGGCCCUCUCACUGCCACCUGUUCACCCUCCACUCACACUGUAGAACAGGACUGAAACAAUAUUUUAGUUAAUUCUGUGAUGGCUUGCUUAACUUAUAGCUAAUAGCCAAAGUCC